AUGUCGCAGAUCGAGACCGUCUCCGCCUUCGUGGAGGGAGCUCCUCCCGGCGAGCUCGCCGAUGUCAUUGCCGGUUCGACUGCCUCGCAUAUCAAAGCCUUGACUGUGUCGUCUCCGGACAUUGUAUCGAAACUCACGCCCGCGAUUGAGAAAUACAACGAGGAACAGUUCGUCACGGUGAAGCUGCCCGGUAGCAGCCAACCGGUCAUCAUCAGUUCGCACAACUCCCUCGGCGACGGACGAUACUACGACGUGGAAAGCUCGUCGAGCUUUGCUAAAGCUAGUACCGUGCGAAGCCAUGUCAUUGAAGGGGCUCAAGUCGAUCUAGUAAAAUCGACGUUGAAAAGUUUGGCAACAUAUGUCAAGGAGCACUUUCCGAGCGCGUCAUAUGGAGCAUAUCCCGUCGAAUCCGAUUCCAAAGUGGCUAUUAUCAUCGUGGCCAACAAGUACAGCCCAAACAACUUUUGGAAUGGGCGAUGGCGAUCACUGUACAUCUUCGAUCCAGCUUCCGGAAGUCUGGAAGGCUCCAUCAAGGUUGACGUCCAUUACUACGAAGACGGCAACGUCCGCCUACUCACCAACAAACCAGUUACGGCCUCGAUUCCCUCCGGCACUGGGGCAGGAAUCGCCAAAGAAAUCUCAGCAUCAGAGAAGAAGUACCAGGAGGAGCUAAACAAGAGCUUCGUCAGCUUGAGUGAAGGCGCGUUCAAGGGACUGCGGAGACAGCUACCUGUUACAAGACAAAAGAUUGAAUGGGACAAGGUAACGAGCUAUAGGCUGGGACAGGAUAUUGGCGGAGGCAGCUCGAAGCGAUAG